AACAAAUUCAUUGUGGCAUUUUUAGAUUCCAAGCAAGCUUCUUCAGACUGUUCAAAUUCAGCAACAUUUUCGAUAGACUGCUGCAAAAUCUCUCGCUCUCUGAAAUGAGCUGUCAAUCCGCCCACACUGGCUGCAGUGGAGCACAAGCCCCGGCCACACAGCAGCAGCAUGAGGAGACCUGUUCUUAUGCCUUAGGUCCGUAUCCAGAUGAAGUCAUCAUGUUGGCACUGGAUCGCAUACUUUACUACUCGGGCGUAACCAAAAUCAAACAUUUGCUGCAGAUGGCAAACUUUGGCACUCCCAGUCAGCUGGCGCCUCCAGCUUCCAUUUCGACUCCUCCUCCUACCGCUCCGUCGACGCCUUGUAAAGUGAGCUGUGGCACUUCUACUUGCAAUCUCAUUGGCAAAAUCGAUGUGUCCAACUACAACAGCAGCAAUAGCAGCCUUUCGCACUUCACAUCGGCCAAGACGGGAAAGAGUGUCAAGGGUUUAACACCCAGUUUACGCUCUCAAACAGUGAAUGUAAGCAAUCUACGUCCGCGCACGCCCCAUGUGGAUUUUGCUAAUCCGGUGGUUGACAAUCGACUGCCAGCGAGUCCCUCGAUCGCGACAAGUGUGAAGCAAUCCCUCUCUGCUUGUUCUAUUGCCUGUCGCCGGCUCAAGGUGAAGCUUUCGACGACGGCUCAGAACAAAGAUCAGCGCUGGGUGUGGACACGUUUGGUCAGCUCGGCAAAUGGCUGCAAAGUGUACGAAGUCUAUCAAAACUCCAAGUCCGAUAAGAAGCCAUGGAAAUCGUGUGAUCCUAAGCAACAGCCAGUCGUUGUCUUUCUGGUUAUGCCCAGUGGGCAUGUCAUGGUCUUUGAAACUGUUUCGAGAAGCUAGAGAAAGGAAUCCAUAA